AUGUAUGAGGUGACACACGUCGUGAGCAAGGCGUUUCAAGACUUCAACACCUCCAUACACGCCCCCGUAGAGUUGUACGAAGAGGAGUUCGGAUGUCCUGAGACGGGCACGGGCAUGAUUCAAAGCAUCUGCAAGUCACACGAGGCGUACGCAGUGGUGGCGGACGGCGGGACCGGCAAGAUCGUGGGUGUGCCCUUCGUCGACGUGCACGCGAAGGGCUCGAAGGAGGCCUGCCUGGGGGCCGUUUCGUCCAUAGCCCCCGGUGCUGGCAAAAAGUCGGCUAGGGCUCACGAACACGCUAGCGUUCGUCCUCCCGGGAGGAUCCGCAAGACGGUGCGGGCUAUGCCAAGCGAGAGGCAGCGGGGUUCCAGCAGCCAGGAGGUGCAGGAGAUGAUGGGCAUGCUGCCAUCGCUACUGCAGGCCGAGUCGGAAUGGCAAGGCCAGGAGGGGUCGGCGGCGCUGCAGGAGGGCGCCGCGGGUGCGGCGGAAUUGGGGGUUCCGCCGAGCAGCCACCGAGAGCUGUAUCCUGCGGUGGUCGUUUGGGAGGGCGACACUGCUGGAGGAGAGAGCAGUAGUAGGCCGGGCGUGGAAGGCGCCCUGGUGCGGGAUGUGGAGGUCCCUGCUGCAGGUGGGUUUGGUGCAUCCCAAGACACCAACUCUCUUCGUAGUACGUUCGACAGUGCUUGCGUACAGCAGUCUGUUGCCGCUGGAGACACUGGUGAGAGUGUCACAGCAACCGAUCAAUCCAUUCAGGGGAGGUCGGGUGGAGAAUGGGGCACGGCGGAAGGGUCGUGUCCACUGUUCUGCCUUGCUGGAGUAGCGGGCGGGGCGCACAAAAGUCGCCGGAAUUGAUGGUGCAACAGAACGGACGGAGGGGCCGUGAAGUCGCGCAAUUUUGGCGCGCACUCCAUCUGCGGUAAGGCUGUGGAGCACUAGGACGGUAGAGCGACCGUUGGGCAGGAUUGCCGGAGACACUCAACCAUGGAUCGACCGCGCGACGGCGCGGGGGGG